AUGCCUCCGAAACAAGCAGGAAAGGGAAUGAAGAAGACUAUGGCCCAACGCUCAACUCCAGCUACCGCUUCCACUACCGUCACCAAACGUUUGAGGAAGAAGAAAAGCAAGAGAGGGCAGUUCUCCAGCUACGUCUACAGAGUUCUCAAGCAAGUUCAUCCUUCAACCGGAAUCUCUUCUCAAGCCAUGAGCAUCAUGAACUCUUUUGUGACUGAUGUUUUUGAUCGCAUAACCCUUGAAGCGUCUCGUUUGAUUAAGUAUGGAGAGAAGAGAACUCUUUCUUCUCGCGAAAUCCAAACUGCCGUCAGACUUAUUCUUCCGGGAGAACUUGCCAAGCAUGCUGUCUCAGAAGGCACCAAAGCCGUAACCAAGUUCACUUCGUCUCUCUAA